AUGGAAAUUGUAUCAUUUAUAGAGAUUUUUGCAGCCCAAAGCUCGCCAGGGACCAACGUUAGUAUCCAAAAAGUAUUUUCCGAAAAUGAAGUUCUCCUGAAGCAUCCGGAAGCGCAAAGAGGUUUCUGAUCGUCUGUCGAAAAAAAGAACAAUCUAGACAGAGCAAUCUUUUCGUAUUUAUGUGUUCAGCGAUUUCCACACCUCGUUGGAAAAAAGGGAGAUAGCUAGAGAUGACUAUUGAACGUCUUCGGAGAAAAGAAAUGGCUUCAGUACGCUUCGAUAAACCCUUGACCACCUCAAGGUGAGUUGAUACACUUUCUAAAUACGAAAUUAGGGAUCACAGAGUGGUUCCUAUAGGGGUUAGGAGAUAAAAAGCCCUUACAGGGGCCGAAAAGGUGCUUCCUUUAGGAGUUUAUGAUCUGACCCUUUAUCCCCUAAAGCUUAAAAGGUCCCUAUAGGGGUCUUUCAAGUUCAUUCAAAAAACGCUUACCAUAGAGGGGACCCUCCAAGAGCCCCCUAAAGUUGCCCCUAUAGACCCCACUCUGGAAAUCCUAAGACAUUUCAUAACAAUUUCGAACUAGAAUGUCCCUUAUAGGAGCCACUAACUAGAACCCCUGUAGGGACCACUUUUGCGAGCUUUUUGGUCAAUAGAGGGGACCCUCCAAGGGCCCCUAAGGUUGCCCCUAUAGGGACCACUCCACAGACCCUAAUAAGUCUGGAAAAAUUGGUUUUUUUUUCUGAACGGGCCUAUAAAUAAAUAACAAAAGUUUGGUCUACGGGGCUUUUCUUGUGGCUUAUUUUCAGAGCCAAAAAGCGGAAACCGACGCCGAAAAAACACUUGUUUUCCUGGCUUUUCGUAAUUGUCUUUUGAAUUUUGUUGUCGUCUGUCUGGAGUCUCCAUGAGUAUUUCAUGGGCCUUUUGAACCUCAGACAAAGGUUAGCCUAUGGAUGUGUGCUCAUUUCACAAAGCUCCCCCUAGCUCAUUGAGCCCCGGAGUUCCCCAAUGAUCCGAUCUGUGGCGAGUUGGACCGGAACCUCUCUCUGCACCUGGAGACGUCAUCGAGGACAAUUGGAAGAAGGGCAGGUCACCGCCAACGGCAAUCUUUCUGCGGCCGGCCGGCCUGCCAGCCGAGAUUGAUGCCAAAUGCAUGGGCAAUCAUCUAUCGCCUUCCUUUUGGCACCGACCUGAGCCCUCUCUUGUUUCUCAGAGCCAUUAUGCACACUCGACUGCCCCUUGCAACUAUUCCGAGAACUCGGAUCCGCAACACAGAUACAAUUUUUCUCAACUUUUUUUUUUUGCACUUCGAGUGCAUUUUUCAGUGUGACCCUAAUUUCAAGAAAAUUUUUUAACUGUAUGAGAAAAUAGCAACUUGAAUCGUCUUUCAAAAAUUGUGAUGGCCAUCAAAUCAAAAGUUUUCGUUCUGAGGUUUUCAAAUUUUUUCAAAAAAUAGGCAAAGUCUUAAUAGAAAUGUUCCUUUUUUUCUGCCUUUUUGCCCCAUUUCAUCGGCUUUUAUGCAUCAUUUUUGCUGUCUCUCCCUUUUUCUGCCAUUCCUUGAGCCUUUAAAAUCCCACAAAAAAUGGAAGGCAUGAUAAAGGGACCUUUUUUGCUGCUUCUGCGGCCUUUUUUGAGCCUCUCACUUUUAGCGGCCAUUAUCCACCAUUUCGACUUUGAACGAGAAGACUUUUCCAAAAAACUUUUCUAUCCAGGUACUGUAGUGUCCCUGUUUGGUCGUUUUUUUAAGCAGUCCGAUUAAAAUAACCCCUUGACGCAGUCACGUCCGAAAUUUAACUUUUUUUUCUUGAAAAGGUUGGCCGUGAAUGAAGAUCCGAUGGUGAGUAUGCGAGCGAGAAAGCUCAAAACGACGCUGGAGAACGAUUUCAUCGACUUUGCCGAACAUACCAGGUGUAUAGGGAAGCUCUUCCAAGCAAUAAAAGAGGAUUGAAGUGCCCAUGGAAUACCGCGGGCCUACGUCUCUGAAGGACUCCGUCGAGCUCUCUGGCUCCUGCUUUUCCUCGCUUGUUUUUGCGCCUUCGGCUAUCAAGCUUACCUCAUUAUCAUUCGAUUUCUUCGGUCAGUUCUAUUUCUUAUUGAAAAUGAUGUUUUACUCCGAAGAAAUUACCCUAGGGGAACGAGUUUUUCACCAGGUCAAUAUUAUCCAAUCAGAAAGAAAACAAAAAUAACUCCCAUGUACUUAGGAAGUCCAGAGUGGUCUUUCCUAUAGGGGCAACUUCAGGGUUGCUCUAGGGACCACUUUACCAACCACUCUAGGGGCCACUUAAGCUUGCAAAAGUGGUCCCUAUAGGGGUUUCAGUUGAUGGUCCCUAUAGGGGAUAUACUAGUCGAUGAUUGUUAUGAAUAAUGAUUUCCAUGGGAAAACUGAAUAAAUAAGCGUUUUUUGAAUGAAAUUGAAAGACCCCUAUAGGGUCCGCUUGAGCUUCAGAGGCUAAGGGGUCAUUCUCUAAACUCCUAUAGAGACCACCUUGAUUUUACCCCUAUAUGGACCACUCUUAAAUUUCUAAGUAUGCAGAAACGACAUAAUCGUUGGCGUGGAGAUCAGAUUCGAAGAAAUCAAGUUUCCGGCUGUGACGGUCUGCAACAUGAAUCCUUAUAAGAACUCAGAAGCUCGAAAGCUUUCGAGCAUCAAAAAUGCGGUUGGUUCUUGGAAAUUCCGAAAUUUUCGAUUCGGCUAAUUUUUAGUUAGAAGCUUUCGAAAUGGCGAUUGAUAAGAGUGAUCCACAAGCCCAUGUGACCACACAACGCAGGAAACGGUAUUUUUUGAACUUGCUACCUGCAAGUUCAAAUUUAACCUCAAUCUUUGAAGUUUUUUGAAAUUCAGAUCGAUGAAAAAUCAAAGAGUCCGAGCUGCAUUCGUGGUGUGCGACAACACGACACAGAACGAUUUUUUCGAAGAAGAGGAAGAUUUUUACAAGCCGAGUCCCCCGCGGAAGAUUCCAGUGUGUACGUAAACGUCCUUUUUGAGUAACCUCUGAUUCCCGUUCCAAGAUUUGUGCGGCUUUCUUCGACAAUGACUUCUACUGGAACUGUCGUCCGCGGGAGGAAUGGACCGCCUCCGUCUGCGAGGUCGACGUCCCUUCAGAAGAGCCGGCCAUCCUUCGGUCUUGUCUCUGCAACCACGGGUUCUGCAUUCGCGCCGUCGACGAAGUGAGUCUCGAGUCAAAUCCUGCAACCAUUCCCAUCAGUAUAAUCUGCGAUGGCCCUUGUCGCUAACAAAGAACAGCUCGAAAGUCUGCAUUUCCGUCAAAGAGUCCAACAACCCCGCGUUCUGCUCGCCCUUGGACAGUCUGGGCGUACAGCCUUGCGGUCGUUGCGACUGGCUUGCCAGGCAAGUUCACAUGUCGAUGGAACAAAAAAGACUUUCCAGGUGCGAUCUCCUCGAAGAAGCAGAUGAGAACUCGCAGCAGUGCUUGUGUGACAGCCAACACGGCAGCUGUUUUCUGCUCUCCUCGAAACGAUCCAAGGUAUUCUUUCGCAGGGAAAGUUUCUGGGAUCCAGAAUGUAGGAAUUUUCAAACCGAAGUCAGCUUGCUCCGAAUGGGUAGCGAAGUAAAAAUCUCAAUAAAAUGAAAAAUGCUUGAUUUUCAUACUCUGAAUACUUAAUUGUUUGCCUAAAUUGGAAAUAGGAUACAAUAAGAUCCUUGAAAAAAACUCUACAGAGAAAUUUUUUUAAGGGUGUUCUUUCUGUUGGCUUUUUUUGGAUCCGGGUCAUUUUUUUGUAUAUAAAUUUGAUUGGUUUUAAAAAAAUAUGGGAAAAAGAAAAAUUAUCUAAUAGGGGUUCUGACCACUUACCCUAAAGCUCAAGACUAGCAAGUCCCCUAUAGGAACCACUAGCUAAAACCCCUAUAAGGACCCCUUUUGCAGUUUAGUGAUCCUUAUAGAACUGGUAAAGUGGUCUGGCUCCUAAGGUCGCCCCUAUAGGGACCACUCUGGUGUUCCCAAGUUGAGUAUUUACUCCCUUUACAUUUAUCGAACCUUCCAAUAUAAACAGAACUAAUAAGUUAUGAUAUAGCCUGGGUACCGCGACUUGAAAUUUCACCGAACGACAUUCCGCUGUUCCGCUGCGUGUGUUCGCGAAGCGUUUUCGCUUUUACGAAUCUCGGUUGCGCUUUUAGUUUUUUCUUUUAUUGCAUUACUUUAUUUCCCCGUGUUCCCAGUGAAAAAGUCUAUCUACCAGCAAUGAUAAACAAAAAAAGCGCUACCGAGGCUCGCAAAGGCAAAAACGCUUCGCGACCGCACGCAGCGGAACAGCGGAAUGUCGUUCGGUGAAGUUUCAAGUCGUGGCACAGACUAUAGAAGACCAAGUGACUCAUGAUCAUAUUUUGUAAUUUUACAGUCGUCUUACAGAACAGAAUCCGACGUUCGAACUCACGGGUUUUCGAGAGAAUCAAAAGCCAAUACGAAGGUCUUCUGCCGGUCUACGCCUUCUGUUCAUGUUCUAAAACAAAGGAAUGCACGGCAAAUAAAGCCAAGGUGCGCCAUUCAACAGAGAAGGAAUCAGUUUUGGUUUAGGAGGGCAACACGACGUGCCUCUGCUUCUACAACAAGAAAGACGAAAGCGUCUGGCCGUGCUACGAACCGAAAGACUGGCAGGAGCGCAAAUGUCGUCGGUGUGUUUUCCCGUUGAAUCAGUCAAUCAAUCAAUAUUUAUUUUUUUAUUUUUUUAAUUCAUAUAGUCUGUUUUUUUCGCGGCUUGAAAGGGGACUUCUCUGUGCCCUCCUUGUCUCUCGACGACUCUCUUAUGUUUACGUGCUAUUUCCAUGUUUCUCUGACCUCGCCGGUGAGAGAACAGAGAGACGCAGACACGCCUCAAAUCGCGGUGAACAGACUAUAAUCGACUAGGCGAAUCUUUCAAAGCUGAAGAAGCUUCCAGGUGCAACACAUUCGGUGACUGUGUCUACACAGAAGACGUCCGAAAGGCCAAGACUCCCUGUCUUUGCGCCCAGCCGAUUCACAUGUGCGUCCGGGUCGAUGCUCCAGAAGGCAACUACACUCAUCUUGGUCAGACUUUCAUGUAUUCGUGAAUUUCCUUGAAAUAGUCAUUUCGUACAUUAAUUUUAUUGAAAUUUUCCCUCAGUGCUUGUAGCCACCGCGAAUGGACAUUUUUUUUUCCUAACAGACUCAGGAAUUUUAGAGAGGCCCCUAUAGGGGUUAGGAGGAAAAACAGCCACUAUAGGGGCCGAUAAAGUGGUCUCUAUAGGGGUAAAAUCAAGUUGGUUUUUUAAGUUUUUUUUUUCCCAAAAAAGGUUCAUUGUUUAGUUUUCGCACGAAAAUGCUUCUUCCCAUAAAGUUCAUAACCGACUAGCAUAUUCCCUAUAGGGGCCACUACCUAAAAACCUUUAUAGGGACCAAUUUUGUAAGCUUAGGGACCCCUAUAGGGGUUGGUCACAGGGCCUCCAAGGCCCCAAAAAUUGCCCCUGUAGGGACCACUCUGGAGUUCCUAAGUCAAGUAUUUACUCCCUUUACAUUUUUCGAACCUUCCCCUCUAGGGGCCACUACCUAAAAACCCCUGUAGAAGCCAAUUUCGCAAUUUUUAGGGACCUCUAUAGGAGUUGGUGAAGUGGUCUCUAGGGAGAACCCUCCAGGGGCCCCUAAGGCUGCCCUUAUAGGGACCGCUCUGGAGUUUCGAAGAUUGGCUGAAAUCCGUAUUUUGAACCUUUUAGAAGCAGAAAUGUUUAAAAGUUUAUCUAUGAAAACCGCGCUUACCUUUCCAGACGAACGAGUCGUGAAAGUGUGGGACAUCGUGCCGUCGUCGACCAUGUCGGCCGUCGUGAAGAAGAAAGAAGAACGCGAUAAAGCGUAUGGUUACUCGGUAAGUGACGUGCUCCACCCCAUAGGAACUUGACUUUCAGGGAGUGAAAGACAGAAUCGCACUACGAGCGAAAGCCAUGGAGAACAUAAUCUUCGCGGUAGAUGCUCUGACGGAGGAGGAGAAAUGGCGGAUCUCCUACAACAUGACCGACUUCAUCCGCAAAUGCUCGUUCAACGGUCGCGAGUGUCACGUCAACAAGUGGGGCUCUGACAGAAGGAACUCCAGAGUGGUCCCUGUAGGGGCCCCUUCUAGUGACCACUUUACCAACCCCUAAAGGAGUCCCUAUGACUUGCAAAAGUGGAUCCUAUAGAGGACAUGCUAGUCGGCAAUCCACUUAAGCUUUAGGGGCUAAAGGGUCAGACCCUAAACCCCUAUAAGGACCACCUUGAUUUAACCCCCAUAGUGACCUCUUUUUGGGCCUCUAUAAGGGCUGUUUUCCCCCUAACCCCUAUAAGGAUCACUCUAAAACUCAAGCUUUUCAGCGACUUCGAGGCCUACCUCGACCCGACCUACGGCGCCUGCUUCACCUACACCGCCAGUAGACUUGGCAACAUGACCAAUGAACGAGCAGGACCGUCCUACGGUUCUGGACUUUUCUCAAAUUCAAAAGAACUUUUUCGAUUUUCAGGACUCCGCCUGGAAAUUUUCGCUAAUGUUCAGGAGUACUUGCCGACGACCGAAGCGGCCGGGGUGAGAUUUAUAUUGAUAUCGUUUAAAAAUUCAUAUCUCGACCAAAUCGCAACCAAUCAGGCUGAAAUUUGGUGGGGAUGUUAAUAACGAAACGAGAAAUAAUUAAAAAAACAAAAAAAUCAACAGGAAGGUACAUAGAAGCGAGAAAUACACUAGCCCUUCAAUUUCAAAACCAAAUUUUUGACUCAAAAUGAAUUUUGUGAGAUUUCAAAACAUCACGAAAAUAUUUGAAAUCAAAUUUUGCGUUGAAAUAUACCCAUAAUGAUACCAAUACAUCAAUUUGGUAAAUUUUGAAUUUUCGAAAAAUCAAAUUUUUUAAAAUUUUAACUUUACUGAUAACAUUUUGAUUGAAUUCUUCGAAAAAGCAAUUUUGUACAACCAUUUACGAAAAUUAUUUUUUUUUGGACCGUGAUGGUAUUCUUCAAAAUUUUGUACAACUGUUACGAAAAUUCUUUUUUUUUUAGACAAGUUUGACAAUUUUAGACAAUUUUGGACAAUAUUUAAAAGAAAAAUAACCAAUGAAGUCAUUUUCUUGUAAAUAUUUUCAAACUGACUUGCGCAGGUGAGGCUGACAGUGCACGCGCAUGACGAGCAGCCGUUUCCGGACACUCUUGGCUUCUCAGCCCCAGUCGGAUUCGUCAGUAGCUUCGGAAUAAAACUGGUUAGUGUUCCAACAGUUAUACUUCGAUAUUCCAUCUCAGAAAUCUAUCAUCCGCUUGCCCCAUCCUUACGGCGACUGUGUGCAGGAAGGCAAGAACGACGACUUCAUCUACGUCGACAAGGCUUACAACACGGAAGGGUGUCAGAGAAGUUGCAUUCAGGUUCGUGGUCCCUCAAUCUCUGUUGAAGAUUCGCUCAGAAACACCUUGCUGGCGAGUGCAAAUGUGGCGACCCUCGAUUCCCGCCUUUUCGCACUUCGAAAAAUUGCCCAGUCGAUGAUCCCUACAAGAGUUGGUUAUUAAAGGCAUAUGGGCAGUAAAAAAGGGGGUUUCAGUUCAAAGCAGUACUUUGUAUAGUUUUUUUUUUGCGAAUCGAAAGGUCUACUCAAAAAUGCACACACAUGAGUAUAGCUGAAUCACGGCUGGCUUGAGCCAUCGAAAAAAGGGUCCUGCCACGAAAAGAGACGAUACAGUCUCUGGUUGGUGGAGAGUGCAGACGGGCCACGCCUUUAUGCGUCCCAAGCUAGCCGUGAAUCAUCUAUACUUUUGAAGAUAAACAUGAUUUCAUUUUCCCGCCUUUUAGUUUUUGAAAAAUGAUUCGCAACGGUGUACAGAAAACUGUUUACAGUAGCCGUACACGCGAUGUUGCGGACCUGUGAUUAGACUAGCACUUUGAGAGAAAUAACUGUAUAUCUGCUUAAAUCAAGCACUUCUUCUCUGAAAAAACAUUCGGUCAAACAAAAAACGCACACCGAAAAUAAAAGAAACGCAAAAAUAUCACUAUCCCAAUCAAAAUUUGUGUUAAAUCAUCAUUUUUCACCAAAGAAGCAUUUUUGCAAUCAAAUUUUGCAAAUUAUACAUGAAUAGAAAGCUUUUGUGAUGAAAAGAACUUUGAUGAAAACAGAAAAAAUUGAAAAUUGAAAGAAACGAAGAAGAAAGAGAAAAUCCGAAGCGUGUUGUCCAUAGAGCAACUUUACUGCAAAACGUCCUUUUGGCGGGAGCUUAACUCCGACUUUGAAUUAUUUUUUCUCCAAAACUAGGAAGUUCUGUUCGUUUUCGAGUUCACCGUUAGACAGGCAAGAAAUUGCUCUUUCAUAUCUCUCCCCAGCCCCAUUUUUAACUGUCCCUACGCCUUUAAUUUGCUCUGAAUUCUUUUAUUUUUCUCGCAGGAGAAUGCCUGAAACGUGAGAUGAUUUUCGCGAUGCGCAACUCCAAAGCGAUCGGAUGCGUUUGCAAACAGCCCUGCAGGUUACGAUCCCGUCGAACGUCCCAAACUUGGGAGUUUCAGCCAAGACGUAUUCUCGGUGACGUACUCAGCGUCGCGUUGGCCGGCCGUGCCCGGAGACGAUUCCGGAUGUCCCCAUGGCAUGACCUCUGGCCAAUGUCUUUUGUUCAAGCGGUAAGCUCAGAUAGAAAAGCAUCUUGAAGUUUCUUGCAGCGAAGAGAGCGCCAUGGUGGAGGUCUACUUUGAGCAACUCAACUACGAGUCCCUUCUCGAGAGCGAAGCUUAUGGGGUUUACAGAAUUGACCAGGGAAUGGUCUCAGCUCACAGUGGGACUUCUGAAUGAGACUGAGUUCACUAGAUGUAGUUUUCUACGCUUAUUUCAAAUCCGGUCUCCAAAACUGCCACAUAGAUGUGGGAAAAAAGUUAUGGACCCUCAAAGUCGAAAAUUUCAUAGUCUCCGUUCGAGCUCAUUUUUGGAGGGCAUACAAAUCCUGUCUAUCUGGUCACAAAAAACCAUCUAAUUUUUUCCAAAAAAAAUUCAUGAUCCCAAGUAUGAUUUUCCAAAGCUCAGCGCAUGAGAAGAGGACGCGGAGUUCUAUUGCGAUGGAGCUGUGGAAAAACGGCGGAAUGGUACUAAUGAGGUCAUAGGCUCGGUCCCCACGUUGUGCAAACUUUUUUGCAUUCUUUUUUCUUUUUUGAAUAUUUUCGUGACCAGAGGGAAAGGACCGGAUUUGAAAUCAGAGUGAAAAACUACAUCUAGUGAAUUCAGAAGUCCCACUGAGACCAAUCCCAGAUGAGAUGAAAAAAAAAGACUUCUUUCAGUGGCCAAAUCUGCUCUCUGACUUUGGAGGUCAACUCGGACUAUGGAUGGGGGUCAGCGUCAUCACCAUCAUGGAGGUUUGUCGGAGUUUAGAUCAUUCAAAUCAUGAAAUGGGUAAAAUUUUUGUUUGAUAUUCCAAAAACUGAUUUCAGAUUCUCAUCUUGAUGAUGGACUUACUUCUUUCACUGACGGGAAUGAAGAAGAAGAACGCCCGAAGACCUGGCCGCAAGUCUUUUUCCUCGUCUCACCGCUACUCGUUCCGAUCCAACGAAUAUCCCAAAGACGUGAAAUGA